CCGCUCUCUCGCUGUGUGUGAUUCGCGGUGCUCCCUGAAACCGCUCGCCUGUGUGUGAUUCGGAAGGCAUCGCUGCACGUCAGGGGGUCGAGAGCGUCACCCAGGUGAGGCAGGAGAGAGAUAGCAAUCAAUUACAAGCCAGAUCUGUCAUGCUUGUGUGGUUGACAGGCACAUCAGUUACGAUGGAUGCCGAUUUCAGCGUCCCUGUGAUGCAGCUUCAGCUGCAGGGGCCAUUGAUGGCCAUCAGCGACGCCAUCAGCCAGCUGCAUGCCCAAAUCCGCCAGGCUGACGAGGACGCCCAGCAAGAGAGGCAGAAGCACGGCGCAUCGGACCCAUCAGCAGCGUCGCCCGAUGACGUGCUGAUUCUCAAUAUCGGCGGCGAUGACAGAUGGCGGGUGAAGCGGCAGCACAUGACUCAAGGGGAGGGCGUGGAGGGCACUCUGCUGGCGACGCUGUUCUCGGGCUGCUGGGACGGCCGGCUGAGCAAAGACGACAAGCAGCGGGUGUUCAUCGAUAUGUCCCCCUCAGCGUUUGAGACCAUCCACACGGCCAUAUUGGACGCCGAGACGAUGCGCAGCGCGGGUAAGGCGGCGUCGGUUGCCACGCUGCUCGAGGAGACAUCCCAGCGGGACUGCACCGGUAAGGGCCAUGAAGGCGGCAACACACUCAUCCUGUCUUCUCACUUAUCGUUUGGCUGCCGUGGUGUAGGUCCCCAUGGCUUCUGGAUCAAGCUGCUGCUGUCGCCACUGGACAAGGCGGCCUCAGAGGCCACUUCCAGCGGCGUCACUGAGCCGCAGCCGGCCGCCACCAACAGCCCCGCUGCGAGUGACGACGCCGUCAAGCCUCUGCAGGCGAGGGUCGAGGCCAUCAUGAAGGCUUUCGCCAAGGAGAAGGCCCGGCUGGAGGCGCAGCUGAGGGCGGCCAACAAGCGACGCGACAAUCUCGACAAGGAGAUACAGGUGAUGAGAUGCGCCCAGAGGGAGAGGAGGGUUGUUGGUCUGAUGCUGUGUGUGGUUCACAGGCCGUGAGUCCCUUCCUGCUGCCUCUGAGUGGCGACGAUGACCCCAUCAGGUCUGUCGACGUCUGCGGCCACGUCAUAACGACCACUCAGUCGACUGUCGAUGAGAUGAGUGACGAGCUGCGGAACAGAUUCGACAGGUGAGCAUCGACCCACCGAAGCCCUCACUGACAGCGAUGCACACUCGAAGAUGGCUGUGUGUAUCCUCUCUGUGUGUCUUAGGUGGCCGCGGCCGGUUGAGGUGGUGCAGCCCGACCACAUCGGCCGCAUGGUCGAUUACUACCGCCGCAAGCGACUCGGUGCGUCUGCCGCCGACAUGGCUGCAGUGCUGAAGAUGGACAAGCCCACCAAGCAGAGCGCCUUCGACAUCAACGCGGCCAUGUACGGCGUUGUCAACACAGACACACCCACCACACACGGCGCGCAGCAGACCAGGUACGCAGAUGGAGAGCUGCGCAGGAAGGCUGACCUCGCCGUCUAUCUCUCUGUCUUGUUCCCUUUGUGCAGUGGCGAUGGCUUCAUUGAGAUGCCGUCUGGUAAUCGGUAUCGCAUCGUCACGGAGGGCACCGGGGGGGUCCCCACAGCCAACGACCGCAUCAAGUACGACUACAUUGCGUGGCGUGAUGGAUUCGACGGCCGGGAAAAAAGCAUCGAUAGCCGUGGGCGGGUGGGUCGUGUGUCUGAUGCGGCUGAGUGGUGGCGUGAGGCGAUGCUAUCGAUGCGGGAGGGGGAGACGAGGCAGACCAUACGGCCAGCCAAAUAUCAUUAUGGCCGCUACGUUGAGCUGCGUUUGAUCAGCAUCGAGUAGGAGAGAGUCCACACACAAGUGGGCGGCUGUGUGUGUCACACACUCGUGUGUGCGGCCGGGGGCUCUUCCAUCGUCGCCUGGCUGAC